UUUGAUGGAUGGAUAUGUAUAGACACCAACACUAAGACAUAGCCUGCAGAGUGUACAAAUUUGUCCAUUUGGGUUUGCAUGAAGUGUCCCAUUUCAACAACACCACGUGCUUAUCAUUAGCUUCUACAAAAAGACACGUCACCAAUUUCACCAAUUCCAACAUUAUUUUUUUUAUUACAACCUCGUCUCUCUCAAAAGCAUAGGUAGUAGUGAAUAAUUAAGCACAGCACAAAAACUAUGGCUGCUGCUCAAUUCCUCACUCUUCUUCACUCUUCUUCAAGAUCUUCUUUGCUCAAACCCUCUAGACCAUUUUUCUACAACCCCAUCAAGAAUUAUGGGGAAUCAAUCAAAGGAAAACAAAGCAGAUUGAUGGAAGAAAGGGCACCAUCUACAGCUGAAGAAUUUCUAAGAGUGGCAGAGGAGAAAGAAAAGGAAACUAAAAAAGUGGUGGCAAGUCAAACUAUUGAUAAAACAAUUGAUGCUGCUGAAGAAGCUACUAAGGGUAAUUCAAGAAUUGAAAAUGUUAAGAAUAGGUACAAGGAGGGGUGAUCAAGAUAUUGCUAAGCUAAUUACUUCAACUAUGAUAUUGUUGUUUUUUUAGCUAGAAUAAGGGGUCUUGUGUUUUCCAAAAAGCUUGUUUCAUUGUUAGUGUUUAUGAUUUAUGAGUAAAAUGGUUGGAGUACUUAUGUGUAAAACUAUUUGAAAUUCUUGGUUUGUAUGGUUUUGAACUUUAAAACUCCAUUUUUUUUUAUAUUGAUGGAUACUUCAUGAAUCUUGAUGAA